GCUAGUCUUUGCUAUAGGAGGGCGACCUCCUAAGCAGGGUUCUUGAGUUUUCGAACUCACAGGCUGUAAAUGGCUGUGGGUACACUGUAAAUAGUUUUAACCAUACUGGCCUGCUGGUCUUGACCAGAAUUAUUGUAAGCGAUAUGUAAAAAAUACGUUUGAUGGCAAAAAGCGUAACAAGAAAUUCCUCAGUCAUCAAGAUAAUCACUUCCACUCUAAUCAGCAGCACAGAUGAUUAUGUUGUUGGAGACAGUGAAUGGUCUAACGGUUGUCGCUCUGAUCUCGUACUGGAGCCGAAAUCUCUUUCUACUAAUUUACCGCCCAUCAUUAUCGAGUUUCAACAAUCAGUUAACAACAUAUUCAUAAAACAUGCCAUUGAAUACGCUUUACAAGCUUUUAAACGUUACCAAGUUGAGCCAAUUAUAUUAAUUAUUUGCAUGAAUAACUUGUCCAGUGAUGUCGAAUCAUUGACGAAAUCAAGCAACAUUCUUGGAUGUCGAACUUACCCUUCCCACAAUUGGGCUAGAAAUGGAAAUGUCUAGAACUCAAAGAAUCAUCGAUUUUUGUUUUCUAUAAAAUCUGCUUUACUAUCAUUACAAGCUAGUACUACUGGAGGGCAGAUAGACAACUACCAAGUUCUGACUGCUUGCUUGGAAGGUUUUGCAAGUGUUUCUAUUUUAAGUAAAGGCCCAAACAUUAUAGAAGAUGAAACAAACAAUUAAAUCAUUCUGACAUAAGCUUGUUUCUGGAUGAUAAGAAAUCAUCCUGACAUAAGCUCUUGUUUAUCUAUAAAUAAAG